AUGGCUACCCCUCAAAAUUUGUCAUCAUCGUCGAAGCGGUCCUUUGAGGCAUUUCGCAGAGUGAUGAAAUCUCCACGCCAACAGCCUGCUCACGGUCAAGCGGCAGCGAAUCUAUUCAGGGACAAAUUACAACAGCAUCGUCCUCCGCAAUCUCCCGAAGAAAGGAAGGAGAACUGCCAGGACAAUGCAAAUGUACCUAUCGAUACGCUUGCAUACCGUAAGCAUUUUCCUGUUCACCACGAUCGCUACCUAGAAGCUCCGCAGGAUGUGAAACGAUGUAACAUAUCACCAUCUACUGAGGCGUGCAUUACUGAAUCUACCGCGGCAGAAAUGAAAACGCAGGUAUUCCUUCUCACCCAACGUAUGAUGCAAGCAGAAACUGAGGGACGCACCGAGGACGCUCGUUUGCUGCAGGGCUUAAUUCGCACAACCAACGAGACAUUGAAGACUUGCUCAAUAACAGUAGAUAAACGGACACUCAAGGAAAGGUCACCUAAUCCACAGGUCAGCUAUUAUUUGGACAGUCCGCAGAAGAUACAGUUGCAUGCGUUUAUUUUGGAUUUGCAUAAGAAUGUAAAAUUUCACAAAUUAGACCCGAUUCAUAUGCAGAUGGGCCUCCAUAAGGCGCUACAGAAAGAAGGAGCACCCACGGCGCUAUUAAAUUUUAUCGUGGACAACGAACAAAAAUUGCAGUCCAUGUCGUUUCAGGACGCCACUGCUUAUAUUGUACGUACAAACGAACAAGAUCUGGAGGAUAAUGCAUACAGAAAUGUAUUGGCUUGCAUGAAGUUAAACCCUUCGGUUCCGCUAGAGACACAACUUCGGGAUUUUGACCGCAAAGUAGACUUUAUGAAGAUGCGACAGUAUGAGAAUCCGCUACAAGUGUACCGCAACCAUGGUAUGCUCAACCUCAUCAAUCAAGCUGCGGGGGGUGCAUAUUACUGUGAUACUCUUCGUAUGCACACUAACUGGCGCGAAUAUUCCGCGACACAAAUGCGUAAUGUAUUUCGGGUGAAUAUUGACAAGGCGGAAGAACACCGUCGAGCAAACCUUUCCCCCGGAGGGUUACGUUCACGCACACGAACGCGUGUGGAGGCCAACACACGAGCUAAUCCGCAUACACCGCCAGCAUCGAACCCUAGGGCUCGUUGUCGGUCAUGUGAGCAGAAUCUCCCUCCUGGCCCAGCACACGCACCACGGCGCCCUAAGUUACUGCGAGCACCGACAUCGACUAACACGGGCAGCCAUACGCGACGUGGGUAUGCGCCACCACACCGUACAUCGGCUGGGGGAUUAUCCACGCGCACACAACAGACGCCGGGUAAUACCUUCCGCCCUCGAGUUAAUCUCGUGGAUGGGGGUGAUCAGAUGACUGAUCCGACACCAGCAGAGGUCGGAGAAAGUGAGGUGAUCCAUAUUCAUGAUUUGGUCGACGAGUCGUAUGUCGACAGUGAAGAUAAAUUGAUUGCUAUAAAAACCGCUUAA